GUCCAAAAGAAUUGAUUUUGACAGCAUUAUUGUUCACUCAGCUCAGAUGAUUACAGUGGGUGCGAGUUUGAAAUGACGCCUGUGGUGUCUUUUACUGGGUUUUUGGCAUUAUUUGCCUUACUUUCAUUUAGCAAUGCUCUCUACUUCCACAUCGGUGAAACCGAGAAAAAAUGCUUCAUAGAAGAAAUCCCGGAUGAAACCAUGGUCAUAGGGAAAUACAGGACACAAUUAUGGGACAAGCAGACCGGAUCAUUCCUCCCAUCCACCCCAGGCCUUGGGAUGCAUGUUGAGAUCAAGGAUCCAGAAACAAAGAUCAUUCUUUCCCGUCAGUAUGGGUCCGAAGGGCGGUUCACGUUCACCUCGCAUACUCCUGGCGAGCACCAGAUCUGUCUACACUCCAACUCCACCAAGAUGGCACUGUUCGCUGGAGGCAAAUUGAGAGUACAUUUGGACAUCCAGGUGGGCGAGCACACCAACAACUACCCGGAGAUCGCGGCCAAGGACAAGCUGACUGAGCUGCAGCUUAGGGCUAGACAGUUGCUGGACCAGGUGGAGCAGAUCCAGAAAGAACAGAACUACCAGAGGUAUCGCGAGGAGCGUUUCCGCAUGACGAGUGAGAGCACCAACCAGCGCGUGCUCUGGUGGUCCAUCGCCCAGACCCUCAUCCUCAUCGUCACCGGCAUCUGGCAGAUGAGGCACCUCAAGAGCUUCUUCGAGGCCAAGAAGCUGGUGUAGUACUACUGCAAACCCCCAGGGCUGAUUAAGUGUACCACGUUUACAAAUCAAAAACAAUCUUCAUUUAUUUGCCCCCAAGAAAACACAUCUUCAUAGAGGUCGGUUAAAACUACUUAUUGAGGAGCUCUAUAGGUGCGAUUGAAGACCCCCACCCCAAUUAUCGUUUAAUGCAUAUUUAUUACUGAGUCUGUUGUAAUGAGUCUUUCUGCCAUGGCCAAGAUGUAAUAAGCUAUAUACAUGUUAUAUGGUAUCAGGUGACUUUGACAUGACGGCAGGAGCCGCUGCCUCUAGGAAAACAGUGUUUUAUGACCAAUAAUUGAAUACAAAUUAUUAUUUACUGGUUAAAUGUAUUUGCUAGAAAAUAGUCAUCACUCCAUUCCAUUGUAAAGCAGAUGUAUGUGUAUAUAUUGUUUUUACAAAAUAUCCCUGCUCUACAUCUUUGUUAUUGUCAAAAUGUCAUUAUGCUUUGUUUAAUUUAUUGUCCUGCAGUAUGAAGUAAUAUUGAGGUGUAAAAGAAAAUCCAGGAUUUUUUGACCUUACGUUUUUAGCUUCGGCUUUCCUUCUUGGUUUGAUGUAGCGGUAGAUUUAUUUGUGUUGGAUUUAGAAGUGUACUUACUGGCUCUGUGUGAUGGCUCAUGUGCAUAUGCUACAUGUGAUUUAUCAGCCGCAGCUGUUCUGUAAACGACUUAUGAAAUGAAAUCCAGUUCUGACA